AUGAAGCUUUCGUCUUCUUCUCCUCCUCCUUCCUCUUCUCACGUGCAUGCAUUCUGGUCCAUAUGUCUCCCUGUGGUUCUCUUUUCAGCCAACCUAAUAGGGCUCCAACCUAGGAUCACUGCCAGAGCAUUAGGGAAUGACACAGACCAGUUGACAUUGUUCAAGUUUAAGGAAGCAAUAGAAAGUGACCCAUAUAAAGUCCUGAACUCCUGGAAUAGGUCUACUCACUUUUGCAGAUGGCAAGGAAUCACAUGCAGCCUCAGACAUCAAAGAGUCACAUCCUUGAACCUUCAAGAUUAUAACUUGGCUGGGUUCAUACCACCUGAGAUUGGCAACCUUACGUUUUUUAGGUACAUCAACCUUCAAAACAACAGCUUUUAUGGUCAGAUCCCACAAGAAAUAGGUCGUCUGUAUCGGCUGCAGCAACUAUACCUGACAAAUAACACUUUAAGGGGACAAAUCCCGACCAACUUGUCUCAGUGUUCGCGAUUGAGGACCUUGAGCUUGAUGGGAAAUGAACUAGUUGGAAAAAUACCUCUGGAACUUGGCUUUCUGUCAAAUUUGGAGCAGUUAUAUCUUGCUAUGAACAAUCUGACAGGUGAAAUCCCACCUUCCAUAGGAAACCUUUCUUCUUUAAGUAUUCUUUCUUUGGGAAUUAAUAACUUGGAGGGAAGUGUGCCAGAAGAGAUAGGCCUUUUGAAGAACUUGGCUCACAUCUCUAUUGCAUCAAACAAGCUGUCUGGUAUGCUUCCUUCUUCACUUUACAAUAUGUCAUCGCUCACCUUUUUCUCAGCUGGAGCCAACCAGUUCAAUGGAUCUUUACCACCCAACAUGUUCCUCACCCUACCAAAUCUCCAACAAUUUGGUAUCGGGAUGAACAAAUUCUCAGGCACCAUACCAAAUUCCAUUUCAAAUGCAACCAGCAUGCUGUUAUUUAACAUUCCAAGGAACAACUUUGUAGGACAGGUUCCAACCGGUAUAGGCAACCUCAAAGAUUUGUGGUCUCUGGCUAUGGGUCGCAAUUUUCUAGGAAAUGGUUCAGACGCUGACUUGGAUUUCUUGACAUCUUUGACAAACUGCACCAAAUUGCGGGUGUUGGAAUUAAAUUUGAACAAUUUUGGAGGUUCUUUACCCAAAUCUGUAGCCAAUUUGUCAAGUCAAUUGAGUCAGUUCUAUAUAGGUGGCAAUCAGAUUUCUGGGACUAUACCUGUAGGAUUAGGAAAUCUCGUUAACUUGAUUGCAUUGGACUUGGAGCUCAACCAUCUCCAAGGGUCUAUUCCAGCUUCUUUUGGGAAGUUUCAGAAGAUGCAGUCGUUGACUUUGAAUGUGAACAAACUGUCAGGAGAGAUCCCAUUGUCCUUGGGCAACCUUGGUCAGUUGUUUCAACUUGACUUGUCACAUAACAUGCUAGAAGGAAGCAUUCCUCCUAGUAUUGAAAAUUGCAAAAAUUUACAGUACCUGGAACUUUCAGAUAACAGCCUUGGUGGAGCUAUUCCUUCUGAGAUAUUUGGACUUCCCUACUUAUCAUUGUUACUGAACUUAUCUCACAACUCGUUUACUGGCGGCCUACCCAUUGAGGUUGGCAACCUUAAAAGCAUCAGUAAGUUAGAUGUUUCUAGAAAUGCUCUGUCUGGUGAAAUUCCAGGAACAAUUGCCCAAUGCAUAGUCUUGGAAUACCUUAACUUAGAAGGGAAUUCUUUCCAAGGAACCAUACCUUCAACUCUUGCCUCAUUGAGAGGCCUUCAAUAUUUAGAUCUCUCUGAAAACAAGUUGUCCGGAUCAAUUCCAGAAGGUCUGGAGGAUAUUUCUGUUCUGUUGUACUUGAAUGUUUCUUUCAAUAUGUUAGAUGGAGAAGUACCAACUGGAGGUAUCUUUCGAAACGCAAGUUCAAUAUCAUUGGAAGGAAACAAUGAACUCUGUGGGGGCAUUACAACACUAAAUCUACCACCAUGCCCUGAAGAAGUUGUUGAGAAACAUAACAAACUUCAUGCUUGGAAGAUAAUAUUAAUAGUAAUUUCUGGGGUUCUAUUUCUUAUUCUGUUAUUAUCCUUUGGUGUUGUGUACAGGAAGAGAAAAAUAAGCCAAAGAAAUUCUUCUACCUCACUCACAGUGGAUGGAAACCAACUAUCCAAGGUCUCUCAUCAGACACUGCAUAAGGCAACUGAUGGCUUCUCUUCAAAUAACUUGGUAGGAUCCCGUGCUUUUGGCUUCGUAUACAAGGGAAAUUUUGAGUCAGAAGGUAGAGUUGUUGCUAUAAAGGUUCUGAAUCUUCAAAAGAAGGGAGCUAAGAAGGGUUUCGUUGCUGAAUGUAAUGCACUCAAAAACAUCCGGCACAGAAAUCUGGUUAAGAUUUUAACAUGUUGCUCUAGUACGGAUUUCAAAGGCGAUGAAUUUAAAGCUUUAGUUUUUUAAUACAUGGAAAAUGGAAGCUUGGAGAAAUGGUUACAUGCAGAGUUUGAAAGUGAAGAUCAGUCAAGAACAUUAGACCUUCUCCAAAGACUGAAUAUUGUCAUUGAUGUUAGUUCUGCACUAGAGUAUCUUCGCCAUGAAAAUGAGCAGCAAAUUGUUCAUUGUGAUUUGAAGCCAGGCAAUGUCCUUCUUGACAAUGACAUGGUUGGUCAUGUAGGUGACUUUGGAUUAGCAAAGCUUAUCUGGACUAUUAAUGGUAUCUCUCAAAAUCAAAGUAGCACAACUGGAAUAAAGGGAACCAUUGGCUAUGCACCUCCAGAGUAUGGAACGGGAGGUGAAGUUUCAACACAAGGUGAUGUUUAUAGCUUUGGGAUUCUUUUAUUGGAAAUGCUUACUGGAAGAAGACCCACCGAUGAAAUGUUCACAGAUGGUAUUAAUCUCCGUAAAUAUGUCAAGGUUGUCUUGCCAGAUAAACUGUUACAAAUAGUGGACCCUGCACUUCUCCUCAGAGAACUAAAACGAAAAGCUUCAUCUGCCGAAGCAGAAAAACACAGGAAUGAUCAACUUAAUCAGAUUCCCAUGGAGAAGUGCCUGCUUGAACUUUUUUAUAUUGGACUUGCUUGUUCAGCUGAAUCACCCAUAGAAAGAAUGAAUGUGAGGGAUGUCACCAGAGAACUUGAUCUAAUAAAAAGUUCUUUCCUUCGUGGUAGAAAAAUGGAGACUCGAUACUAA